ACUCCCUUUCCCAUAUGUUUGUUUCGCUACUGAUUUUUAUCGCUCUUCUUUAAAUUUAGGGCAUCGUACGAAAUUGUAAACUAAGAAAAUUCAAGAAAUGGGUAUGGUAUUUGGGAAAAUUAGUGUAGAGACAGCAAAACAUGAAGUUGUUCAAUCAUCAGAAGAUUACGAAAUCCGAAAGUACACUCCUUGUGUGGUAGCUGAAGUGGCUUACGAUCCAUCAAAAUUUGGCGGAGACCGUGAUGGUGGAUUCAUGGUUCUUGCAAAUUACAUUGGCGCUGUUGGAAAUCCUCAGAACACUAAACCCGAGAAGAUAGCGAUGACGGCACCAGUCAUUACUACUCAAAAAGCAUCAGAAAAGAUUGCGAUGACGGCUCCAGUCAUUACUACACAGAGAACACCAGAAACUGUUGAUACGCAUCAGGAAAAAACAACAGCAACAUCCAUGGUUAUGCAGUUUGUACUGCCGACGAGCAAGUACACGAGCGUGGAGCAAGCGCCGAAGCCUACGGAUGAAAGGGUUGUGAUAAGAGAGGAAGGUGAGAGGAAGUACGCUGUGGUUAAGUUCUCAGGAUUAACAACGGAUCAAUUGGUGGAAGAAAAGGUGAAGAAGCUGAAGGAGAGCUUGGAGAGAGAUGGCUGUAAGAUAAUUACUAGGGAAAACGAGGAACCGUUCUUGUUAGCCAGGUAUAAUCCACCAUGGACAUUACCUAUGUUCCGUACAAAUGAGAUUAUGAUUCCUGUUGAAUGAUUGGGCCUAGUGAUGAAGUUUGUAAGCAGGAAAAAAAUCUAUAAGUGCUAUUUGUUUACCAAUUGCAAUAUUCACAGUUUAAUUACCAAUGUUUAUGCAUAUAUAAUGGUAGAGCUGUUGACGAGUUUUUCAUUUUCCAUUACAUCCGAUGGAAUAUUGUUAAUGCUUACUACGUAUAUCACUGUACAAGCUAGAUUUGAGUGCUACUUGCACCAGCACCACGAGCACUUCUAUUCUUCGCCUUGAUUACAUCGAGGGCCAGCUGAAGUGGAUACUGGUGUAUUCUGUAUUUAUUUUUCUACAAAGAAUACUGGGUAUA